CCCAUGCCGGAAGUGGGGGCGGAGCUAACAAAGCGUCGGCGCCCAGUGAACGGAAGUGGCUGUUGGAGGCUUUACCACAGCUUUAAAUUCCUGCUGUCUGGAAGGCUCACUCCUUUCAGCUGGACUCGGGCUUCGUGCGCCGGAUGGCUGUGGACGUGAAGUCACGAGCAAAACGUUAUGAAAAACUGGACUUUCUCGGGGAGGGACAGUUUGCCACGGUUUACAAGGCCAGAGACAAGAACACCAACCAAAUUGUCGCCAUUAAGAAAAUCAAGCUUGGACAUAGAUCAGAAGCUAAAGAUGGUAUAAACAGAACAGCCUUAAGAGAAAUAAAAUUAUUACAGGAGCUAAGUCAUCCAAAUAUAAUUGGUCUUCUUGAUGCUUUUGGACACAAAUCUAAUAUAAGCCUUGUCUUUGAUUUUAUGGAAACUGAUUUAGAGGUUAUAAUAAAGGAUAAUAGUCUUGUGCUGACACCAUCACACAUCAAAGCCUACAUGUUAAUGACUCUUCAAGGGUUAGAAUAUCUACAUCAACAUUGGAUUCUACAUAGGGAUCUAAAACCAAACAACUUGUUACUUGAUGAAAAUGGAGUUUUAAAACUGGCAGAUUUUGGCCUGGCCAAAUCUUUUGGGAGCCCCAAUAGAAUUUAUACACAUCAAGUUGUAACCAGGUGGUAUCGGGCCCCUGAGUUACUAUUUGGAGCUAGAAUGUAUGGUGUAGGUGUGGACAUGUGGGCUGUUGGCUGUAUAUUAGCAGAGUUGCUUCUAAGGGUUCCUUUCUUGCCAGGAGAUUCAGACCUUGAUCAACUAACGAGAAUAUUUGAAACUCUGGGAACACCAACCGAGGAACAGUGGCCUGACAUGUGUAGUCUUCCGGAUUUCGUGACAUUUAAGAGUUUCCCUGGAAUCCCGUUACAGCACAUCUUCAUUGCAGCAGGAGAUGACUUGCUAGAUCUCAUACAAGGCUUAUUCUUAUUUAAUCCAUGUACUCGAAUUACAGCCACACAGGCAUUGAAAACUAAAUAUUUUAGUAACCGGCCAGGGCCAACACCUGGAUGUCAGCUGCCACGACCAAACUGUCCAGUGGAAACUUUAAAGGAGCAGUCAAAUCCAGGUGUGGCAACAAAGCGGAAGAGAACAGAGGCCUUGGAACAAGAAAGAAAAACAAAAGAGUCACCUGAGCAAGACACCAAACUGGAUGGUGUGGGGCCAACUGCCUGCCCUUCUUCCCAGAAGAAAAUAUCGCCAGGUAAACAAGAGAUUAUUUACUGAAUCAAGGAGUAAUCUCUUGGAGGCUGUGUUUCACCUCUGGUGCAGCAGAUUCCUGCUUAUAAAUGCGAUCUCACAAGGAGACUGUGGUAGGGCUUGGCAGUCAGCAAGGAAGAAAAUGGAAAUGAUCAACACAAAGGAAUAUAAGCAGUAAGAGGAAAGAGAAAGCAACAGUGGGAUUACUUGAGAAUACUUUUUAACAUGCCACAUAUAUUCAGGGGUCAUGUCUAUGUCUUCCUGCUGUUCAAAGUUGAAUAUAAUGAGCUUUCACAGGGUCCAAUGUUCUACUGUUUAUUAAAAUGUAACUUUGAAAACUGUUGGCUAUGUAUUCUGCCCCUGUUUAACUACUAAUAGUAAUAUUAAUAUAUAAUGCAGUACAAAUUAGACUUGACUCGGAACACAUUACUUCUAAGAAAGGGAAAAUAGUUGAAGUUACUAAUUUUUCAUUCAGCCAAUUUUAAAUGCAUUAAUCUUGAC